AGCUCCCAUUAGAUCGCGUUAAAUGUGGACUUUAAGUUGCGUGAACGAUGAGGCUUCAGCAGUGUUAGCUGAUGCUGCACUACUGUACUCUUAUCAUCGCACGACUCAAGACCAUUUUGGGCAGAGCACUUGUCAAGUUCAGCUAGUACAUCCCCUCGGCGUCUAUUUAUGUUUUCCUUACAUAAAAGCGGUGGAUAUCUCUUAUAUUUUGUGAUUUUGACAUCUUAGGAGCAUACUGUAAAUAGAGAUAAUGACCAUCAUUGUUAUUGUGAGGGUUCCCCGCUACAAAAUGCACCAAUGAGUUCGUUGCAUUCACACAAUAUCUUUGAAAAGUAAUUAUUUUGGGAGUUCAGUUCAAAAGGUCAAAACUCUUGCAGUCUGUAGAGUCACCACAGAGUGAAACAUUUUUUAUUUGCAAGGCCUUGCUGUCAGAGUAAAAAUGGAAUUGAAAUGCAGGGUGUUUGCUUAUGUAUUACUGUUACAGUGAUGGUAGUGCUUGCUAAUAAUGCUGCAAUAAAACCUAGCUUUGUCUUUGUAAUAGUUGCACUUAUUGAAGUCGGCCCUAACUUAUACUGUAGAUGCCAAGUGGAGCUUGGUAGCGUUUGCUCGGGAUGGGCGAUACUGAAAAUGUUGGUAUCGAUAUGAUACCAAUUAAAUACAGGGCCAGUACAAUAGAUCCCCGCUUUUUGUGAGGGUUACUUUCCGGGACCGCCAGCGGAUGACGAAAAUCCAUGAGUAAUGGGCGCCACACAUGCGAGGCGUGUGCGCGACAGGGUGAUUAUCGCCCUGUUCCGUUGAUUAUCACCCUGUCCCGUGUGGCGCCCAUAAAAAUGUCUAUUUCUGACACAUGACUGGCUCGUCCUCCUUUCAAACUCUCAUGCUAGCUAGACGUUGACGUCGUCCGACUGUUUCGGAUGACCACUGAAUAGGUACUCGCCAGUAAUGGACGAUAAUGUAAGAUGAUCCAUGACAGAUAGAGUCUGAGUUAUAUUUAUGUUGCGCAUUGAAAGGCUGCCCAACAAAGUACGAAAUCUCAACACUUGACGGAAAAACAUUAUCGAUGAAGCACAAGGGCAUAAAUGUGUAAAAAAAUAUAUAUGGUCUUUUUUAACAGUGGUGCAUGUAUGCUUUACCUGCGUAUUUAUAAAUGAUUACAACUUGGCUGAAUGAGAUGUGCUUUCCUCCUAUUUUCCGAGGAAAAAAAUGAAUUAUUUUUUUACCUAAAAUCUGAAUCCACUGUAUUGCCAAUUCCAAUACUUUUUAAUGACUUUUUUUAAAAUCAUUGCCUUUACUGUAAUAUGUUGAUCAUGAUUGUAGUAUGUAAAAAAUAUCUUUCUAUCAACAAACUUUAUUUGCGAACAAUGAAUGAAUAUAUAACAAUAAUAAAAAAACAAUAUAAGACAAUAUCAACAAAAUAAUACAAUUAUUCUCUUAUUCCCUUUUAUUGCAUACAAUUGAGUUUUUUUGUCAAUUUUUUGGGUUUGUUUUGCCUAAAACACAAAGAUAAUAGGUGUGCUUUCAUGGAUGAUGAAGGAAAUAAAAAAAACAGGUUUAAAAGGCUGAAAUUACAUUUUUUGAAUAAAAAAAUAUUAAUCAAAUACCAAAAUGUUGAUUAAUUGGAUGGUCAAUUAAUCAUCAGUUAUUUGUUGCAGCUCUAGUCAAUAGUGCAAAGCGGUCAAACAAAAGCAGAAACUUAAUAUGAACAACACAAGAAAAACCACAGAUAUUUGUAAAACUAAACAACUGAAAAUGUUAUAUAUUGACAAUAACAUUCUAUUUAAAUACUCUAGUAUCGACACAAUACUGAUACAGCGCUUGUGGUUGAUACUGUUCAUUUGGGGUGUCACAAGAUCUUGCGAGAUUAAAAUGUGACAAGAUUUCUCAUUCUGCCUGGGACAAUAAAUAAAUAAAUGAAUGAAUGAAUGAAUCACACAGUAGAUGUAAAUGAACUGGAAUAUAUUGCCAUGUGCACGCGCGUCUGUUUUCCUGGCCUCCAAACAGGCAGGAAGAGGGUUCACUCUGUGCAUUACUUUCAGCACCUUGGAGCGUUCGUUCUGUAGAACGGAGGGUGGGAAACUGCAUGACCAGAGUGAGCCUUUUGUGAGUCAAACGGUCUCUUUGCCUCGGAGGGUGGAGGCGGGGCCGCUAGCAUGCAGAAGCAACAUAGUAAAAUUAAAUGAGUAGAUUGCAAUAUAUGGUCAUAUGUUUUUUCAUUGUACUUUUCUUACAAGUAAUGUUAAAAUCUUGUCUUAUACUCAUAUACCCAAUCUUGUGUAUCGUCUCGUCUCGUGAACUGAGUGUUAAUAUUUGGAUCGAUCUGCCCACCUCUUGUGUUUGGUGUACUUUCUAUGAUAAUUUUACCCAUACUGGACCGUCUCUCUCUCUCUCUCUCUCUCUCUCUCUCUCUCUCUCACACACACAUACACACACACACACACACACACACACAAAGUGGACUUAUCUUGACCUGCUUUCUAAUCCAUGCAGUCUGAAAGGCGUCUUAUUGAAACCAGUAGUUCCUGUCCUGUGGCCAUGUUUACUGUUAUCAUGAUCAUGUCAUGCAAACAGCAAACUCCAUAGACGUGUGUUUACAUUUACAUUCAGGCCAGCAGGGCAAGAGUAGUCUGGAAGUCUGCUAGGACUUAUAAAGUAGCGUGUUACAAAUAUAAAGUUGAAUAGUUUUUUUCCUGCAGUGUAGUUAGAUUGAAGUUGGCGUAGAACAAACCGCCAGAGGCGAUGGUAACGUGCUGAUAAUUUAUCUCCGUGUGCCCGAGGGUGUUACAAAACUGCGGAAAGUUUUUGACCUGAUCUUGGCCUUAUAUGGGGUAUGUUUGGUAACUUAAGUGGCUCUUCUAAAUGGUCCUGCAUGCUUCGCUACAAGGGCACAUGAUUUCUCCUAGCCAAUCAGCAAAGAAACAACACUGAUAACAAGGACACUUCAGCUUCUGCGUGGGCUGACCCCCAAUUUGUUCAUAUUUCCAAACCUUUUACCCUGCCACCAACCACGGAAAUAAAAAUAAUCAGUUCCAGAGUCAUCAUGUCGCCAUCAGGUGAUGUUUUAACUCUAAUAUUUCAACGUCCUUCAAGUCAUGCAUGUGUCAAAAUAAGUAAAAAACAACAAAUUGUCCAAACAUGCAAGAAGAGGAUUAGUGCGUGUGCCUGGGAGGUGAAUCUCUUCCUCUUAAGACGCAACAUAGCUGACUUAGCGACGUAUGUCCCAUUUUUCAUAUUCCUCUUCUGUUAUUAAUGUCAACUAUUGUCGCGUUAACCAUUUUGCACAGUGACACGCGCUUCCUCGACAAAUUGCACUGGCUUUCUUUUCCACUUCUGUGGUGGUUGUCAUCCCAUUUUUCCCUCUUUGCCAUCCCUGGGCCCUUCUGUGGUGGCACGACUCAAAAAAACAAGGAAAGAGCAAAACCCGUAAUAUACGUAUGACGUCUUAGCACAUGCUUUACAAAAUAUCAAAGUGGCAAAGUUGCAUUCUUUCAUUUUUCACUGUUACACUUAAAAACGAUGAAUCCAAUACCAAAAUAGUUGGCGAUGAAUUGGAUUGUUGUAGCUCUAUGUCAGUGGCAUCAAACAAAAAACCAAAACGCGUAUGUGGGGUUGAGCCGGGGUGUCCUAACCUUUUCCAGCGAGGCAGCCCUAUGGUGUAUUGCAAACAAAGUUACAUCACAACAGGCCGCACAAAUCCACAAGUGCAGAAGAGAUGCAGAUCUUUCCUGAAAUACAUGUAUAUCCAACUUCUUGGCAUGUCUUACAUGUGUUGCUUUAUUAAUACGUGGCAAAGUUGCAUCCUUUCGUUUUUCACUAUGCGGCCCCCGCUGGAAAAGGUUUGGACACCCCUGCUCCAAAACGGACCAAAUCAAUAUGAAGCACAAACAGUUAUUGAUUAGGUGGGCUACAUAUCUAAAAAGAGGCAAAAAUGUCCAUCACUGUUUUCUAAAAGUCAAAGCUAAUGUGUGCGAACAUCUUGUUUUGCCAAAAACACAAAGAUAACAGGUCUGCUUUCAUGGAUGGUGAAGGAAAUUCAAAAACUAUUCACAUAUGAGAGGCUGAAAUCAGCUGAUAUUUACACUUUUAAAUAAAUACGUGCACUAGAGACGGUGUAGAGCAAGAAAAGAUGCAGUGGGAACUGAAGUGCUUGAACAGGAAGCUUAACUUGAUGUGGUUAGCCGAGCAUUGCAGAGCACUCGACUGCGUACAGGAAGCUGCUGUUUCUCAUCAGGCCUGGAAACCGUGACUGUGCUCGCCAGCCUUUCCUCUUAAUACAUUUUGAAAAUUCAGCUCGAUAUGGCCCAGGGAAAAGAUCUGUCCUUUGCCAGCCGCCUUUUUCACCGAUGUCGUAAAGGUAGCCACGAGCAGAGGGGACAAGAGAACGAGGUGCCUCACGUCUCCGAGUUCAGCAUCGUGUGGGAGAAGUUAAUGAAAGAGUUCUUAGCUAAAGCCAAAGAAGAUUUUUUAAGGAAAUGGGAGUGUCCACCACAGAGCACAACGUGCCUGGACGACUUUGACAGGUUCAAGACUCUGGGAACUGGCUCCUUUGGCCGAGUAUUGCUGGUCAAGCAUAAAGGAACAAACCAGUUCUACGCCAUGAAGGUCUUGGACAAACAAAAAGUGGUGAAGUUGAAGCAGAUAGAGCACACGCUGAAUGAAAAGAGAAUACUGCAGGCGGUCUCCUUCCCCUUCCUCGUCAGAUUGGAAUACGCGUUCAAGGACAACUCAAACCUCUACAUGGUAAUGGAAUAUGUGCCGGGUGGAGAGAUGUUCUCACACCUCAGACGCAUCGGAAGGUUCAGUGAACACCAUGCACGCUUUUAUGCAGCUCAGAUAGUGCUCACCUUCGAGUACCUCCACUCUCUAGACCUCAUCUACAGAGACCUGAAGCCCGAAAACCUGCUCAUCGAUCAGCAUGGCUACAUUCAGGUUACAGACUUCGGCUUUGCCAAAAGAGUAAAAGGCAGAACCUGGACGUUGUGUGGAACUCCUGAGUACCUUGCUCCAGAGAUCAUCCUCAGCAAGGGCUACAACAAGGCUGUGGACUGGUGGGCGCUGGGAGUCCUCAUGUAUGAGAUGGCUGCUGGUUACCCUCCAUUUUUUGCAGAUCAGCCCAUACAGAUCUAUGAGAAAAUUGUGUCUGGCAAGGUACGAUUCCCCUCCCACUUCACCUCCGACCUGAAGGAUCUGCUGAGAAAUCUCCUACAGGUGGACUUGACCAAGAGAUUUGGGAACCUGAAAAAUGGCGUUAACGACAUCAAAAAUCACAAGUGGUUCUCCACAACAGACUGGAUUGCCAUCUAUGAGAGAAAGGUUGAAGCCCCCUUCUUGCCCAAGUGCAGAGGACCGGGAGACACGAGCAACUUCGACGACUACGAAGAGGAGGACAUUCGUAUCUCGCAAACGGAAAAGUGUGCAAAAGAGUUUGCUGAAUUCUAGUGAGUGGGUGAGAGGUCCCAUCAGGGCUGACGUGUUGGGGUAUAUUUGCACUCUCCUAGGAGUUCAGGUGGAACUGUGGCUGUCAUGUGUCCAAAACAAAUGCUCCGUUCUUUUGUUACGCACGGCUGAAUGAGGUUCUUUCUGCCAUGUCCUUUUCGUGUGCUCUUCAACACACGCACGUCCAUUUACGCAAACCCAGACCAUGGUAUCCUCUUUAGUCCCCUUUUUCCAUGAAAUUCCAAAUGACGGCCAUCCUCGUGUGGCACAAAGAAAGAUAGUAGCAGCUGGUGUUUCACUUAUUCUGUUUUUUUGUCGCUAGUGCUGUUGUUUGUUGUUGAUUUAAUUUGAAUGUGUUUUCUUUUAAGCUCUGAGCCACGUUGACUAGUCAACGCUGCAGACCGUGGAUUGGUCACAGAUAAUCAAUCGUUGUUCACACACAGGUACACACUCAACCUUCACUAAUCAUUGACUGUAGUCCACAUGUUACACACAUGAGCAGUUGGCGCUGCCGUGCUCAAGGGCACCUCAACAGCGCUUGGCAAGUGAGCUGGUCCAAAUUAUGGUCAGUCACAGGUCUUUUAAUUCCUGACAUGAUUCAUCAACUUUGCUUAAAUCUGUUACAUCUUGUUUGUAAUUCUGUUCUGCAAUGUCGGGUUUUUGAAAGCAACUGGUAAAUUAGCAAAAAUGCCAUUUAUAGUUGAUGGCGCCACCCACUACCAACUUAACUUUUCAUGGAUAAAGAACUCGGGUUAGCGCCCUCAUUUAAACCAUUCAAACUUUUAUGACCCUGCCUCUUAAAAGCAUCGGAAUCAAGAAUCGUUAGCAACCAGAAUCGAAACCAGGAUUGUUCAAAUUCAGACGAUGCCCAUCGUGAGUUGAGAACCACUGCCCUAAAUGACGGGGGGGCCUCAAAAUGUAGGUAAAAAUAAAAAGGGCGUUCCUAAUAUCCUUCUUUUUUUUUUUUUCAUGGGACCCUGAAUUACUGGCCAGCCCCUGUCGCUGGUAAGUGACGUCGUCCUGGAAUACUGGCUUUAUUAUGCGGAGCCCCCACUGUAUUGUGGAUAAAACUAUAGCUCACAUGCAUAAAGAAGUAAAUGGCUCCGUUUUUGUCAUCCCUGCUCUUGUCUGUUGGGCUAAUAUCACUUGAUAACAUCUUUUCUAACGUUCCACAUUACAAAAUGAGUCAUAAUAAUCAUGGAUGGAUAUCAGUAUUGUGUCACAAGUGAAAAACUUAAUCGGGACCCCCCCCUAAAGGUUUUAAAAGUGUUUAGAAGGUUUAGAAGUGUUAGAAGUUAAUUCCAGCUCACCUAACACAAGUAAAUGACUUGCAGCUGACUCGCAGUCAAAGCAAUUCAUGGAAGCCCUCAGGCUGGAUGGCAUUUCCACUUCAGCCCAGUAGAUGUCAGUAAUGCACAUUUCAAAUUGCUGCUGUUCAACACAGGAAGAAAGCUGGAAUGCUACUGCUAAAAACAACGCUAACCACGAUGCAAUGUGCUUCCCUUAUCAUUUGUGCCUUGAACUGUGCCCAAAAUUCAAAGGUGCGCAUAUAAACACAACCAUAACCUUUAGAUUCACUGGAGAAUGACACUGACCCAUAGGUGUGAAUGUCUUGUAAGUAUGCCAUCUGUGAUUGGCUGCUGCCUAGUCUGGGGUGAACUCCGCCUCUCACCCAAAGCCAGCCGGGAUAGGCUCCGGCUCAGUAGUCACCCUGAAAAAGAUGAAUGAAAGUCUGCACUGGCGUUUGGCGACGUGUGGCAGUUAGAGAAGCACACUUAGGGCACAGGACGUGCUCCUUUUUGGGCUGAAAACUUCUUUUACACACCUCGAGACAUUGCUAUCAAAUUCUGAAAGGAAUCUUAUAGAUAAGGGAUUUCAGCUUUUAGCAAGCUAGAAGGGAUACCUAACAUAAAGUUACAAGCUUGUUUUGGUUAGUUUAUUGAUCAUCGUUCAUUGUGUGACACUAGAUAGAAAUAUGGAUUUGUGAUUAUACCCACACGAGACAUCGUGCUGUCUCAUGAGCAAGACCAAAUACGCACCCAGAACUCCCUGACAUGAUCAUUAUUGUGAUUUAUUCCGUUUUAUUUGAUCUUCUUUCUGCUCUCAGACAACUUUUAAGCAGAUGGAUGGGAUGAGAAUGAAAUAUGGAGACGAAUUUGUCAUGCAUGUUCUUUUAGUACAGUGUUUCCCAUACAUUCAUUUAUUUGUGGCGGCCCACUACAAAUAAACUUGGCUCUACCGCUUCCCCUUUGCUCAUAACCACAUUGUAGCACACCUGGUCCGUUAGGGAAUAAGAAGAUGGAGCUUUUUUUUCCCCCAAAAAAGCGAUUUACAACAAAUCUUGCACAUAGAGACGUGCAUGUAUCGCUCUUCUCAACGAGCAGCGGGUUCUGCUGUGUCAUUUAUCUUUCUGUUCAUAAAAAAGCAAAAAUGGACAUAUGUCACACAUAUUGGCAAAUGGUGAUUAAUCACGAUUAAGUAAUUGCAAAAAUGAUUGAAAUGGAUUAAGAUUUAUCAUUUGACAAGCCGUAAUUUCAACACGUAUGUAUUUCUUUGGCUUUUCAUGCUUUUUUACUCACUUUCCGCUGAUGCUAAUGCAUCAUGGCAAAUUAGAUGAUUACAUCAUCCCCCCCUUCCCCUCCCAGCGACCCAUCGCCGCCACAAAUAGAUCACAGUCCUGUGGGAAACACUGCAUACUAUUUUUAGCAUUUUUGAGCACUUGUCCAGGCACAUGAGAUUUCCCCAUCCCAACGAGUGCAAUCGGAGUAUACGUCAUCUUUUUAAUGAAGUAGUUUGUGAUUGAUUCCCAUUGCAGAAUGAUGUUUCACACACAUGCUUGUCCUUUUUAAUGGCUUUUCAAGGUGGUUUUACUGCCCCUGCCGCAUUUCAUGUGCAUGCCACGUGUCUUUCCUUUUGAUGACUCUACGAUCAAUACUUUAUUCAUCUCCAUGAGAAAAUCCCAUUUCCAGCAGCUCUGCAACAAUGUCAUCAGAAACGUCAACACUUACAGAACAAUCAAACAAAGCUCUUCCUGUUGAUUAUUGUAUUUUUUGUUCAGCACUUCAUAUUGUUUUCUUUUGGGGGGGGGGGUUUAGCACCGAAUGUAUUGUGCUUUUCAUUGGUGUGACUUUUCCCUCCAUAAUCUGAUUACUGCACUCCAACUUGACAGUAUUGGAUGCAGAAAUAGUGUCCAAAAGGUUUGGAAGUGACCAUUUCGCUUCUGCUUUCCACUUAUUCCCAUUUUUGUCAAGCAUUCUUGUGUACAAAGCUACCACUUUUCCUUGAAGUGUAACUCUUGCCUCCGCCGCAGCCCCCACCAGCGUGACAUUGUAGCCAUAAAAUGAGUUCCAUGUGAAUGCAUAUUCUGUAAAGCGUGUUCCAUAUUCUAUCUGUUAACCUCUUGUUUAACCACAGAAGCCACAUUUGCAUGUUUGUUUGUUUUUUAGCCUUGCCAUAGAGCGCCACACAAUAGGCUGACGUUUUAAGAUGACAGUAUUUGUUCCCCUGCAGGUCAAACACUCAGGUUUUAGAUAGAAAUCAUGCAAAUGUUCAAAACAGGGGGUGUCCAAACGUUUCCCAGGAAGGCCCGCGUGCUUAAAAAUGAAAGGAUGCAACUUUGCCAUUUUCAUAUUUUCUAAGAAGUUAUGCACAUUUCAAGAAAAAAAUGCAUCUCAUCUUGUUGAUACGAGUGAAAAAGCCUAUUAUUAGUAUCAGCUUUGCGCUUUUUUUCUCCAUUUUUGCUGGGGGUUUUUUCCCCCAGAUAUUUCAACUUUGUUCUUAAAUAAUCUUUGUAAAUUUUCUUCUGGUAAUAUUAUGACUUUAGUCCCAUCAUAUUUGGCACUUUAUUCCCAUAAUAUAACUUUUUUCCCCCCAACUGUAUUUUUUUUUUUUGUCAUAAUAUAAUUAUGACGUAAAAACAAUAUCAUAUUUGUUUUUUCUGCUACUAAAAUGACAACAUUUUUCAUCACAAUAUUACGGGUUUAUCCUCAUAAAAUUGCGACCGUUUUUCGUGAAUACAACUUUUUUCUUUUAAUACUCUGGUUAUAUUCUCGUAAAAUGUUUUUUUUUUCCAUUUAUGCUGCAGUGGGGGUUUUUUUUCCGACUGUUUCAACUUUCUUCUUGUAAUUUUUUUCUCGUCAUUAUGAAUUUAUUACCAUAAUAUUUUAACUUUAUUAUCACGACUUUUUCUUGCAACCUAAUUUUGCAAAAAUUCAAUAUUUUUAGUUUGGGUUGUUUUUCAUAAUGCGACGUUUUAAAAGAAAUUGUGUUUUCAUUCAUAUUUCAAAUUGAACUUCCUCAAAUGACAUUAUUUUUCCUUCUACUAUUACAACAUUAUUCUUGUAAAAUUAUGAUAUCUUGUUAGAUUACAGCUUUUUUCUUUUAAUAUCCUGACUUUAUUUUUGCUAAAUUACUGCUGAUUUGUUGUUGUUUUUUGUUAAGUUUUCCUGUUAAAUGAUAUUUUUAGAACGUGCUGGAAAAUUGGCCCGCACUUUGGACACCCCUGGUUGAACGUCUUUGUCUCGUUAGUUCUCAUGGUGCUCAAGUCCCUGGAGAUGAGACGCAGUGCGAACCCAAUCAAGUUCAAAAAGGUUUGGAGAAGGAAGGUACUGGUGUUGUAGGUAAACUUAAUGCAAUAUUAUAUUUUAUUUUGUAUUUUACUGACAUUUCAAAGCACUUACAUGCUGUCAUCAAUAGUAAUGUCCCAACAGACACAAAUGAAUACACAAUGAUGCUCUCAUGGCAGCUGACGUUGUGAACCCCCAUUCUUCAAAUGGCUUCAAACUCUUAAGUUCAACUUUAUUUUCCCAGUUUGGCACAAAGGGGUUCAGCAGAAUAUCGUUGUGGCUAGCUGGUAUUUAUUAUAGUACUAGAUCUGCUAAUGAACGCCCUGAUGUUGAGCAUGUUUCCAUCCAAUCCUGCCACAUCCUGUGUGAAAUCCACAGUUCUUUCAAUGUGUGUCAUGUUUGUCACAUGUAACGUAAACAAAGGCAGUUUUCCCUGAGUCUGUUCAUUCCUUUUAAUAAAGAGCAUCAGUUUGG